AUGCCUGCCCCCAUUGAGAUAACAGACCCUCUCGCCGUCGUUCGUGAGCUCUACGACGACGAGAAGCUGGUGGUCAACGACUUCGAGCGUCACGCCAACCACUGCGACUUCUGCGCCCACGCUGUCAAGACAUACAAAGAUAGCCAUGCACUCUGCGAGUCGGGCAACACCCGCGCCCGUACUCUCCGCAAAUACAUCUACAGCCAGAGCGGCAAGCACUACUCUACUGUGGACUUUGAGAGCGGCAACCCGACCAGGGUCAAGCUGCCCCGGGAUGCCCUCGCCUCUCGUGAGCUGCUCACAGCCCUCGAGCAAGGCCUGCGCAUCCGCGAGAAGGCCGUCGUCGUCCAGAAACCCAUCCAGCCCAUCCAGCGCGUCCCAUCUGUGAGCUAUGACCGGACCUACCCGGUCCCAGCUCGCAAGGUCAGCGGCAAGCAGGCUCGUCCUCGCUCCAUGUCCCCCGAGGCUUACCAGGUCAUCGAGAGGUCCCCUCGCCUUUCUCGCUCUCCUACUUCCAUCAUGUACCGCUCGCCCGGUGGCUCCCCCAGCCGUCCAUCCUCCAGCCGUGGGUCGCUGUACAGCCUUGACCGACAGGAGCGUGUGGAGCGAGUCUACGAGACACCUCGCCGCUACGUCGAGCGCUCACCCAAGCACCGGUGA